AUCGCACGCACGCCGCAACCACGAACGUACAGGAUGCGUGCAUUACUUGCGUCGUUGGCCGUCCUAGCGGUCUUUUCUCCUGCUGAAUCGGACGGCAGAGCACGCGUAGUAUGCUACUUCAGCAACUGGGCGGUGUACCGGCCCGGCGUGGGACGGUACGGUAUCGAAGACAUCCCCGUGGACAUGUGCACACACAUCAUCUACUCGUUCAUCGGCGUCCAGGAGAAGACCCACGAGGUCCUUGUUAUUGAUCCCGAGUUGGACAUAAACAAGAGUGGGUUCCGUAACUUCACGUCUCUGAAGUCGAAACACCCUAACGUGAAGUUCACAGUAGCCGUAGGGGGCUGGGCAGAGGGAGGCUCCAAAUACUCACAUAUGGUGGCGCAGAAGUCUUCCAGGAUGGCCUUCGUUCACAGCGUUGUUGAUUUCUUGAAGAAAUACGACUUUGACGGGUUGGACCUUGACUGGGAGUAUCCCGGGGCGGCGGACCGAGGCGGGUCAUUCUCCGACAAGGAUCGGUUCCUGUACCUGGUGCAGGAGUUGCGACGGGCAUUCGUCCGCGCCGGCCGCGGCUGGGAACUCACUGCCGCGGUGCCGCUGGCGAACUUCAGACUCAUGGAGGGGUACCAUGUGCCUGAACUGUGCCAGGAAUUGGACGCUAUUCACGUGAUGUCAUACGAUUUGCGCGGCAACUGGGCAGGCUUCGCCGAUGUGCACUCUCCUUUAUACAAGCGCCCUCACGACCAGUGGGCUUACGAGAAACUUAACGUGAACGACGGUCUACAUCUUUGGGAAGAGAAGGGUUGCCCCAGCAACAAGCUGGUGGUGGGAAUCCCAUUCUACGGGCGCUCGUUCACACUAUCUGCUGGAAACAACAAUUACAACCUCGGCACUUACAUCAACAAGGAGGCAGGCGGCGGAGACCCCGCGCCCUACACCAACGCCACUGGGUUCUGGGCUUAUUACGAGAUCUGUACGGAAGUAGACAAGGAAGGUACCGGAUGGACCAAGAAGUGGGACGAGCAUGGCAAAUGUCCCUAUGCAUACAAGGGUACACAGUGGGUCGGCUACGAAGACACCAAGAGCGUGGAGAUUAAGAUGAACUGGAUCAAGCAGAAGGGCUACUUGGGAGCGAUGACCUGGGCCAUCGACAUGGAUGACUUCAAAGGCCUAUGUGGAGACGAGAAUCCUCUUAUAAAACUUCUUCAUAAACAUAUGAGCUCCUACACCGUACCGCCACCCCGCACUGAAAAUGCCACGCCCACGCCCGAGUGGGCGCGCCCACCGUCGACGCCUGCGGAUCCGUCGGAAGGAGACCCCAUCCCGACUACGACUACAACUGCUAAACCGACUACAACUGCCAAACCGACUACAACCACCACUACAACUACAGCUAAACCAGAGGAACCUGCUCCUUCGGAACCGACUUCGGAGACUGCGUCGGUGUCGACCACAGCCGCGCCACAGGAGGGAUCGUCGCAGCCUGAACCCGAGGAACCUCCCGCUGAGAAUGAAAUUGAUAACCCUGAUGUGUGCCAGUCGGACGAUGAUUACGUACCUGAUAAGAAGAAGUGUGAUAUGUACUGGAGGUGCGUUAACGGCGAAGGCGUACAGUUCACCUGCCAACCCGGCACAGUGUUUAACGUGAAACUGAACGUCUGUGAUUGGCCAGACAAUGCGCACCGCGACGAUUGCGAAAUGUAGUAUGAACGACAACCUAUUGCGCGUCAACAAAGACAACCCUUACUCAGCAAACAGGACCAGUCAAGCAAGUUAUCAAACACCGAGACAGAAUUUACAAAUAGCAACUGCACAAUGGUUUGUUGCUACAUGACAUGUCCCCGACACAUCAUAAUUUAUAAACCUAAAAACUCGACCCAGCAUGUGAUCUAAAUUAAGUAAAUUAUUUGCUAAGUAAAUACAUAUAAAGAAAACGGUUCGUUUUACGUCAGUUUUUAGUAGAAAACCUAUAGUGUGAUGAACCGUUUUCAAAAAAUAUAUUGAGCAACAAAUAUAUUAACCCGUAAGGUAAGGUAUACCCGCCUGAAAUAUUAAAACGAAUAAUGUUUUUGUUAUUUAAUAAGACUGCAUCGUUUCGGGCUCUGACACCGAAUGCGAGUAUCCACUAGUGUUGCGAAACUAUCGAUAGUUUCAUCUCGAAAAGAUAGGCCUAUUGAGCCAAAUAAAGUUCUAAACUAUCGAUAAUAACUCGAUACCUUACAAUAGCAUAUAUGCAGUGCAAUACUAUAGAUAAUAUCUUAGCUCACGGAAAUAAAACUCUCGAUAGUUUUGUUUCUGUAGUCUGUAGUAGUAGUGUAGUGUAGUUUUGUAUGGAUAGUGUUGUUUUGGUCUAAGUAUCGAUUAAACUUACAAUUAACUUUCGACAGUCGACUAGCGAUCGGCAACACUAGUAUCACGCGAGACGUAAAUUAUAUCAAGAAGAUUAUUUUAAGAGAAUUAAAAGUAAACAUUAUUAAAAUAUCUUCCAUGAAUAUAGCGAGAUGCUCGAACGUCGCUGGCAGAGCCUGCAACAUUAACAAUAUAAAUAUUAACCAUUAGUUAUUGGAUUUGCUCAUGUUUAGCCUUAACUUUAGAAUAAGUCGAGUUUGUCGAUACAAGAAUCGGUGAGGCAACCGAGUGGCGGGGGAGAGUUACCAAGUAACUAAAUUUUUCAAAUGGAAAUACCUUUAAAAAUAUUAAAUUAAGAGAACGUAACAUUUGUAAGUUCAUUUUAAGAUACAAACCUCUAUGAAAUGUCAAUGGUGCUAACUGAUAUUAGAGCGCCAUAUUGGUAUUAAAGACAAGUGUAAAAACAAAUUAUACUUUGGUAUAUUGUUUGAUAUCUCCCUCCUCGACAGUGGUGGCAGAGCAUUACUGCUCAUCCAUCAGGGAACUUAUGUAAAUGUCUCCGCUACACGUGCAACGCAGAUUUUCUCAUAGGCUAUUUAUUUAUUUCGAUUAAGGUAAAUAAAACCAUGAAAACUG